GCGGCUGGUGGGACUGGGCGGCUGGGAGAGGAUGUGACUUUCCGGAGGGACCCGAGCAGGCUUUGUGUGGACAACAAGUUCCACCAAGUAAGAAGAGUGAUGACCAUCCUUUUCCUUACUAUGGUUAUUUCAUACUUCAGUUGCAUGAAAGCUGCCCCUAUGAAAGAAGCAAGUGUCAGAGGACUAGGCAGCUUGGCUUACCCAGGUCUUCGGACCCAUGGGACUCUGGAGAGCCUAAGUGGGCCCAACACUGGUUCAAGAGGACUGACCUCAUUGGCAGACACUUUUGAACAUGUCAUAGAGGAGCUUCUAGAUGAGGAACAGGACGUCCAGCCCAGUGAGGAAAACAAGGAUGCCGACUUGUACACAUCUCGGGUUAUGCUAAGCAGUCAAGUGCCUUUGGAGCCCCCAUUGCUCUUUCUGCUUGAGGAGUACAAAAAUUACUUGGAUGCUGCAAAUAUGUCCAUGAGGGUCCGGCGCCACUCUGACCCUGCUCGCCGUGGGGAGCUAAGCGUGUGUGACAGUACUAGUGAGUGGGUAACAGCAGCAGAGAAAAAGACUGCAGUGGACAUGUCUGGUGCAACGGUUACGGUCCUGGAAAAAGUCCCAGUACCCAAAGGCCAACUGAAGCAAUACUUCUAUGAGACCAAAUGCAAUCCCAAAGGUUACACAAAAGAGGGUUGCAGGGGCAUAGACAAGAGGCACUGGAAUUCCCAGUGCCGAACUACCCAGUCUUAUGUGCGAGCUCUCACCAUGGAUAACAAAAAGAGAGUUGGCUGGCGGUUUAUAAGAAUAGACACUUCCUGUGUAUGUACAUUGACCAUUAAAAGGGGAAGAUAGUGGAUUCAUGUUGUAUAGAUUAUAUUGAGAUAAAAUUAUCUAUUUGUAUAUAUACAUAACAGGGUAAAUUAUUCAGUAAAAUAAUAAUUUUAUGGACUGCAUGUAUAACUGAAGUUUAUACAGUACAGUGGUUCCACAAUCUAUUUAUUGAACAUAUCCAUGACCUGAAGGGGAACAAACGUCAUUUGCGCACAACUAAAACAAAUAAGUCUCUGCAUUACAUUCCUCGAUAACAUUGUGGUUUGUUGCCGUUGCCAAGAAUCGAAAACGUAAAAAGUUUAAAAAAAAUAAUAAAAUUGCAUGCUGCUUCAAUUGUGAAUUGAUGAUAAACUGUCCUCUUUCAGAAAAAAAAUUUGAACCAAAACAUUCCGUUUACAUUUUAGACAGUAAGUAUCUUUAUUCCUGUUAGUAUUAUAUCUGUUUACUGCUUUUAACUUCUGAUAGCGUUGGAAUUAAAACAAUGUCAAGGUGCUGUUGUCAUAGUUUUACUGUUUUAUUUUUUUACUUUUAAAUUCCCUCGAGGUUGGAAAAAGAAAAAAAAUCGU